AGUGUGUUUGGAGAGGAGAGACAAAACGCGCUAAAUUGAGAUCUAACUUCUAAGGCUCUGCCUCUGAGACUGAAAGCGUUUGGCAUAAUAAUGCACGUCCCGCAACAGGGUUAGCUGAUUACCGAUUAAACAUUCAGAACUCUGAGUUGAUAUUAUCUUCAGAAAGAGAUGUCGCGGAGACCGGUGAAUCCAUCUCGCGGAAGUGGAUUGUUUUCAUCUUCCAAAUCAAAGUCUUCGCCAGUUUUGUCGGUUGGCCUCAUAGUCCUGGGAGGUCUUUUUCUCGUUUUCUAUUUACACAAGGGAUCAGGUGGAUCUGGUAGCCGUUUAGAGUCUGUUAACAGAGUCGAAGGUGAGUAUUUAUGUACUGAUGAGGUCCAACGAGCAAUUCCAAUUUUGCAGAAAGCAUAUGGGGACAACCUACAUAAAGUAUUACAUGUUGGUCCUGAUACUUGCUAUGUGGUAUCUAAAUUGCUGAAAGAGGAAGAAACUGAAGCCUGGGGUGUAGAACCAUAUGACAUAGAGGAUGCUGAUAGUAAUUGCAAAGCACUAAUCCGCAGAGGCAUUGUUCGCGUGGCCGAUAUCAAGUUCCCUCUUCCAUACAGGCCAAAAUCUUUCUCUCUUGUAAUUGUUUCAGAUGCCCUUGAUUUCUUGUCUCCUAGAUACCUUAACAAGACUCUUCCAGAUUUAGCAAGGGUAUCAGGAGAUGGCAUUGUUAUAUUUACUGUCUUUCUUGGUGGAAUUGUUUGUGUAUUUGAAUUUUUUAGCAUGUUGGCAUCUGCUAAGAUGAGGAGUUCAUCCUGGUGGGUCAAGUUUUUCCAACAAAUUAACUUAGAGGAAAAUGAAGCUGCUACCAAGAAGUUUGAACAGGCUUCAAAACAGGGUUCUUACGUUCCAAGAUGUCAGAUAUUCCACCUCAAGUCUCUCAGUUAG